CACUAUAAAGUGCCACACAACACACACAUUGGGAAGGUUGGGAAAAAGCACGACCAUCCAACACAUGAUGACCGAAGCAUAGGGAAUAGCAGUGGAUUCUGUAGCGCGGAUUGCCAGUGAGUCGAGUGCAGUUGCGGAGAGCAAGCAGGAAAGUCGAGGAGAGUUUGUGUGCAUGAAGAGAAGAACAGUUUGACAAGAGAAUUUUGUGCAGUUUUUUCCUCAUUAUUUCCUCCUUCUGUUCGUGUCCUCCGAAAACACCUCAAGAAUCGAUUUCUCGGAUUGUCUCUGUGCCUGUGAAGCACAACUCAGGGCAGACAAUGGGGAGAUUGUGAGUGAAAAUCGCCUGAGAUCUCAUACUCAAGUGGACAAAAGUGUGUGAUUGACAAAGAGAACAGUAUCGCCGCUCUUUUCUCACAGUGUACUCGCAUCAUUUAAAGGGCAUCCGCUUGCCCACAAAACACAGAAAAUCUUCUCAGAUUGAGGUGAAAAGACAUCCCUAUAGGAUAAUAUACAUCACCAUCAGACAUUCACUGCGAAGCAAAGUGCAACUUUUCAGAGUGCACUGAACCACUCUAGAAUUGAGAAUAGUUUACUGGGGGAAAAACGAAGAAAUGAGAGCAUCGAGAGAGACUUUAAACUCACAGCUAUUUUCACGACUUUUCUCAUCGACAUUUUCCUCAUUGAAGAACAACUCUCUUUCCCUGGUCAAUUGAAGGGCGACAACCCAGUUUGAGGAGCUGAGAAAAAGUGCACAUUGCAUAUUCUCCAACACUCGCAAGCCUCAUUUUUCCAGCACAGCCAUAAGAAUGCGGGAUGAGAGACAAUCUUCAGAAUAUAUUGUUGAAUGAUAGCCUGAGAAGUAUGAUGUGAAAAUUUGUAAAGGCAUUCAAACGGUGAGACAGAGAGCAAAAGAGAACCAGAAGCUGUGAUCUGUGUGGGUGCAAUAUAGUGAGAAAGAGAGAGAAUUGACAGGAAAUUAAGAGAAAAGCGAGCCCAGGAAGGGAUACGAGAACUCAGUGCGAAGCAGAAAAAUCUAUUUGGAAAAAUGCUGAAAUAUUUAACACACAAGCUUCGAACGCAAUCAAUAAAUGAGGAUAACAUCAAUGAAAAGAUUGACGGACAUGAUUCUGGAACUGAAUCUGACGAUGGUGAUUUAGAUGCUGAAAAUAUUUAUCACGAAGCAGAUAUGGAAUACAGCAUGAGCUCCCGACACGACACAACAUCUCCAACGGACACUGCGUGUUCCUCCGAGUCGCCGGCCUUCGUGAACGCGUCCCAUCUGAUGUACGAUCAGCACAGCUCAGAGGAGGAACUGGAAGUGAUCAACGGGCCCGCGGAAGCGGCCAAUCCCACAAUCUUCGACGAUGACUCCCCGAAGAGGUCCAGCUCGACGCUGAUUGAGAAAAGAAAGCGAUCCUUGGCCCACAGUUCGGACGAGGAGGUGAGGAAUCUCCUGGAACAUGUUCAGGCACCAGUCAAUUUUCGCACAUCGCCCCCUCUGGAGGCCCUGAAGCCCCAGCGUGGCCACCUACACUCACUGCACGUGCAGCAGCAACGCGCCACGACGCCGCUCGUCCUCACCGAGUCCGGGCGUGGCAUCGAAAGUAUUAGGAUUUCAUGUGAUAGUCCCAUCGUUCCGAUGGACGUUGUCCGUUCGAUUAGUCCGCCAGCAAAACUUUUUCACUGCGCCGUGUCGCCGCGACGUCGUCCGCCCCAGCGGCCGCAGCGACUGCAAAGGCUCCACAGACCCUGCUUGGACUUUGACAAAAUGCAACAGCUGAAAGCAAGAUCAGUGACCGCCUGGAGGCACGACACGGAGCACAGUGGUGAAUUCCCUGUCUUCUGCUGGUGAUGAAGUGUCUUUAAAUCCUACAAUGUGCCGGCAAUGCUGACAAAUUCUCCAGCCGGCUGAACAACGCACGUGGCACUCAAAUCGCACACAUAACCACACAUUUAUCAAACAAUAGACAAAACACCACCAAUUAAAUGAUUUUUUUUUGACUUGUUACUUCUUCUCAACUCCAAACUGAAAUUGUGCAAUUUUUCACACAUAAGAAACGUAAAAAAUAAUAAUAGAAACGCUCAGAAAUGGAUAAAUCACAAUUCAAUAAAAUCAAUCUCUGCCUCAACUGGCAGAGAUUAUUCUUGUAAUAUUCUUAUAGAAAUGAAACAUACAUAGAUCAUAAGAUAUUCGGGAGAGCGGCUAGAGAUCCAUAGAGAGAGAAAAUGAGAUUUUCAGAGUGAUUUUGCUCCGUGAAAAGAGAAGACGUUGAUUUUUAAAGACAUGCAUAAUGUUACUCAUGACGAAGUGAUUAACAAUCAUUUUUUGCAGGAGGAAAUAAGAAUAUAUAAAAUAUAAAUGAAUCGCUCAUUGAGAGUGGAAGUGGUUAAAAUGGGCAAAAGAAUUUUCUCUUUUUUUCUUUGUUAAUGAUAGGAGAGCGCAUAUAAAUUUAACACUGUCGCACAAAGAGUUCCAGGGAAGAUGAAUUCAAUUAACAUUGGGCAUCCAAUAACUUGUCUAAGGCCUAUAUUGUUUAAAAUAUACGGAUGGAGUGUUUGUAAAGUGUUGAAAAUCCACAAUCUUGUGCCACUCUUCAUCUCUAAUGAGCACCUCGACAAAGCGAUAUAACAUAAGCUAAGUGGAAAUCUCUCUUCUAGUCAGAGUCAGGUAUUUAAAAAAGUAGACUUAUAAAAAAAGAGAAGAAAAAAUCAUAUUGUGUCAUUUUAGCAAAAUUUCUACAAGAUAAAAGAAAAUUCAAGAUGAAUAAAUCGACAAAUUGCUAGUAGAAGAUUGCAUCAGAAUUACAUGUGGAUAAAUUUUCCAAUUUAGCAAUUGUGAAAUUUGACAAUGAAUAAUUAAACAUUUAUUAAACAAAAUUGGAAAGAAAGAUUUGCAAUGGAAUGUAGAGAGGGAAAUUACUUUAAAAAUAGUAAUCAAUGGAAAUAAAUAUGCAUUUAAAUAUGAAUGGUGUCCAUUUAGAAGAAGUUCAGAGAGAGAGAAAUAAAAAAAAAUGAAGUAACAAUUUAUGAAACAUUUUAAAAAGUAGCAAGAGAGAAAUCAAUUACUGUAUAGUAGUAAUUAUGAAAAACACACAUGCUAAGAAAAAACGAAAGUGAAUUUAAGAAUAUUGUGAACAUAAUUAUCUAAUAGACGCGAGAGAGACUGUUUAUGAAUAUUAACAAAAAAAAUAUUUUACACUUCUAAAGAAAAAAAAAACAUUAAAAAUGAUGGAAAAUAAUAAAACAUAGCGUGUAGAUGAAGAGAAAGUACGAGUAAAGAUAAAAAUUCAAAGUGAGAAUACUUGUAAGGCAUUGUAAAAAUGAUACUAUUAAGUCUAAAAUUGAUUUUAUAUUCUUAACAAAUUCACUAGUGAUUAAUGAAGUUAAUACUGAAAUUGAUUUUACUGACAAUGUGAAGAAAGUAAUAAUGAAAACAAUUCAACUCAUGCACACAAGAAAAAUCAAAUGUCUAAACAUGGAUAUAUUUACUACAAUUAAAUAUAGCUGCUGUUUCUAUUGAAUGACGGACAGAAGAUCAUAAAAUUAAGUGAAGAUGGACAAGUUUAAAGUAUAGAAUAAUCGAGGAGAUCACAUAUGAAGAGGUGCGCGUAUUCUUAAUUGAAUUGAGACAGAGUGAAUAUAAGAAAUAGGUGUUGUAAAUAACGUAGAGGAUGAAUUUGUUGUAAACUAUGGCUUAAAUAUUUUAUAUAAUAAGAAAUAUCUUUUGUUUAAGAAUUAAUAAAAGAUGGUAAACUAUUCACUCAGAAGUAAA